AUGGGUGUGGAGGCAGAAGUGCGGGCGCAUAUGGAGGUGUCCUUUGUACGCCACGGAGAGGGCUACCACAACUUGGCCGCCACAAAGAUGGGCCAUGGCUGCACCUGUCUCAACGAUAUGCCAGCGCCUGAUUGCCCCUACAUUAACCCUGACAUUGUUGACCCGGCUUUGACGUCGCUGGGCGAGGAUCAGGCCCGCGCCAAUACGGGUACUGCCGCCACGCUGGGCGUAGAGCAUGUAUACUGCUCCACCCUCCAACGGGCCAUUCAGACGGCACUGCUGGGGUUUGAAGCCGUGCCCAACGUUCGUUUCAUGGCCAUUGAAUCAGCGCGCGAACAAAGCGGAAUGCACCAUUGUGACCAACGACGCACUCGCACGGCCAUCCACCAGCAAUUCCCAGACCUGCAGCUGGAACCCGAUUUGCCCGAAGCCGACGAGCUCUGGAAGACUGAGCGCGAGCCCAAGGUGGCACUGGCUGCACGGUGCACAGCCACGCUGCGUACCUUGGCCGCUGACCCAAGCCCGCGCGUGGCCUUGGUGACGCACAGCUCGUUCCUGCUCACGUUAUUCCAGGCCAUCCUGGUGUUGGAGGAUGUUCCUGACCACCUCCGCACCUGGUUUUCCACGGGCGAGGUGCGCACGCUUUGCCUAAACCUCACAAACUUGUAG